AUGGCAGAGUCUUCGCAUCGCUGCAAAAAUCUCGUCCUCGACUCAGGGCCUCUGCUCUCGUUGUCGCCCCUGCGUGGUCUCGCCGAGGCUUAUCUGACCGUCCCACAAGUUUUGGACGAACUCAAGGACAAACGGGCACGGGAACAUUUUGAGCGACUGGGGCUCUCCGCCGGCGUCCGAGUGGAAGUGCGCAACCCCGAUGCUGCCUCUUUGGCUCAUGUGAUCCAGUUUGCAAAGAAAACCGGAGACUACUCCGUCCUCUCACACGCAGACAUAUGCGUACUUGCGCUCACCCAUUCGCUCCACGUCAGGGAGAAAGCGGCGUUAGAAGAGGCCAAGACCAAGGCAAGCUUGAUUCAUGGUGGUCAUGAGCUGCUCGCUUAG